CGGAGCCUUGGUCGGGGUGCGCUGGCUUGUAAAGCAGGCGCACCCGUAGAAUUACAUAAACAGUGAGAUGCGCAGUUACUUAACACGAUUUUCCCCCAUUCAUUCAUACUGAGGAUACAGGCCUACAGGAAGGAACAUAACUAGACGAAACAUGGAGAAAAGCAGCGGGACAACUUCUUCAAAAAGAAAAGCUUCCUCAUCUGAGACAAGUCUUCCAGACUGCAAAAAGCUGAAAUCGAAGGAUAGUGGCAAGGCUAGCGCAAAUAAAGCUCUGAACAAGAAGAAAAAUACUAAAAUAGAGAAGGACUCAAGCAAGAAAAAACACACAUUCUUGGGUAGCUCAGAAGUUUCUCUAAGUUCUACACAUGCAAGCCAGAAGAUGAUCCGGGAUGGAUGCCUAGAGGUUUCAAAGAAUGACAAAGGACAACUUGUUUUUAAAGACUUCCCACAGUUCCAACCUAACAUGUCACCAAAAGAAGUACUUCAAGCUGGCAGCUUUGGUGGUACCUACUUCAGACCAAUAUACUCAAGUGUCACAAAACACAAUUGCAAAGAUGAAUGGAAAGAGCUCCCUGAGGAUUGGCUGAAAGGUUUGAACAUUCCCACACAGGUGGUCUCAUCAACAUACAGAGACAGUGUAAACACAUACAAAGUGAAGUGUGGAGGCAGUCUAGAAAUGUGGGAAAGCAGUGGAUGGAUUGUAACCCAGGAUCCCUAUGGGUGGUUUCAGUGGUACUGCAGGUUUUACCAUGGUCGGCGUACUAAGGAUGAUGAGCGUCAGAUCGGGCGAUGGGCAAAGUGUGCUGGGGUAAAAGGCCGGUGGAGAAAUAAUCUGAUAACCAAAGUAGUCCGGUCAGGCUGUGGCUUUGACAACCCAACAAUCUCUCCUGUGGUCAGACAGACAUUACAGCACUGGGGGUACCGACUGACCAAAGAGGAUUACAAUGAGGGUGCCAAGAGGGUUAAGCCAAAAUAACCGUGCACCCUGCUUGUAUUCAUUAUACGGGUACAGUAGGGAGGCUGGUGGGUGGAGCUAUAGGAUGGGCUCAUUGUAAUGGCUGGAAGGAAUUUAAAUGGAACAUUAACAAACAGAUCAAACAUAUGGAAACGACAUUUGAUUCCAUUUAUUUAAUUCCAGCCAUAACAAUGAUCCCAUCCUCCUAUAGCUCCUCCCACCAGCCUACACUGGGGUACAGAAAUAAGUGCAUGAGUUUGACUGUUUUAUUUGCAAACGUGUGUUUGUGGUAUUUUUUGACACUGUAAAUGCAAUGUUUAACUUUAAUUCGACUUUAAAAAAAAUAGAGAUACCUAACUCCCUUUCCUGGAGAUUCUGUCAAAUUUUUAUUCUCAUGCGUCUUUCACCUCUUAUGAAGAGUGUAUUGUGCGCUGCAAAAAUAAUAUCAGCUCGCCAGCUUGUAGUCUUAAAACCCAUAAAUUAGUUACCUCUGGUUCGUUCAGCCAUCUCUAAGGGAAGAAAGUAUAGGGCUUUGGAAUAAAAGCAAAAAAAAUAAGGUCUGAGGAUAACUGACUGAGCAUGCUUUUGCGGCACAGUCGAUAGUGCGCCGGACCUCGGGCUCAAAGGUCGAGGGUUCGAGACCUGCUCCCUGCUGUUUCAUUACAUUGGCGGUGUUAUACAUUUUGUUCUGUGAUAUAAUAGCAGUUAUGUAAAAAGGGCUUUAUAAGUACAUUUGAUUUGAGUUAACAUACAAAUCCUUUAUGAAUUAUGCAGUGAUUUUUAGCAUGAAAAUCUUGGUGGGGCAAACAAUUAAAAAAAAUGUAAUGCAUGCCAGCAAAGCCACUACACAACAUUAAACAAUACACUAUAACGGUGACAAACAGUGCCCACAAUCUGGUAGGGCCUACUUUAAGCUGUCUCAACAACAGUCCCAACACCUUACCACUGCUACACCUGGGACCUGUUUCAGAAAGCAGGUUUAACAAACUGAGUUUAAACCUGAACUCUGGGUUGACUAAUUCUGAGCUCUCAAACUCUGCAUUAUUUGGUUUCAGAACAGGUGAUAACAAUUAGUUAAAUCAACUCUGAGUUAAGUUAACCCAGAGUAAAGCAUGUGCAUGAGGAGAUUAAAGGCCCUCAUCAAUGGAAAGCAGAUAACAUGAUUCAUCAUGGCAACAGGAGAAAAAAGGUCUCGAACCUCCUACUUCUCCCUAGUGGAGUUAGAAAUAUAAAUGAAUGCGUAUGCAGAAUAUGAGUAUACACUACCGUUAAUUUUAGGGUCACUUAGAAAUGUCCUUGUUUUUGAAAGAUAAGCAAAAGAAUUGUCCAAAUUGAUCAGAAAUAGUAUAGACAUUGUUAAUGU